AUGAAAUGGAGACGAUUACAAGAUGGGAUAAUUUUAGCAGACAGGCCGGAAUUGGGUAUUGAGCAGUUCCUAGUUUCACCUUUGAACAUGAAAUUAAGAUUGAAUAAUGGCUGGCACUCCAUUGUGCCUCUUCAUGUUCAAGGAGAAUCAGCAAAUAACUUUAGCAUGUUUCCUAAAGUAAAUUCGGCAAGUGAAAGCCCCGGACACUUUCCUGUUUAUCUCAAUGUAUAUGACUUGACUGCGGUAAAUGGUUAUUUCUACUGGGCUGGCAUUGGUGUCUUCCAUUCCGGGGUGGAAGUGCAUGGCGUUGAAUAUGCUUUUGGAGCCCAUGACUAUCCUACAAGUGGCGUCUUUGAGAUUGAACCAGGGCAAUGCCCUGGUUUCAAAUUCAGAAAGUCAAUUUUGAUGGGCACGACAUAUUUGAAUCCUAGCGAAAUUAAAGAAUUCAUGGAGCGCCAAGCUGAAACCUACUACGGCGAUACAUAUCACUUGAUUAUGAAGAACUGCAAUCACUUCUGUGAGGACAUAUGCUACAAGUUGACAGGAAACCGGAUCCCAAAAUGGGUGAAUCGGCUGGCUAAAACAGGUUCAUUCUACAACUGUAUUCUUCCUGAUGCCCUUAAAACAUCUACAGUGCAACAUGGUGCAAAUUCUCAAGACUUUGGCCGCGAGAAGAAGAGUCGACGAAGCUCUUUUGGCUGCUGCUCGUUGAUUUCCAUUCUCUGCAAAGAGAAAGAAGUGUCUAUAUCUUCACUGUUCUUACACUCCCACUAUAAAGGCUGCCUACCUCCGUGGGAGUUGAAAACAUCUGCCAGGAAAUCUUUCAAGGAGGGAUGA